CAGGUCCCUCUCAGUCGGCCAACUCCUCCUCUUGGCCAGAGACGGGACGGCACUCACCCCAAAUCCCUCCGAAUCGGGGAACCAGCUCUCCUUUUGCCUCUGCCUUCAGGCUCUACGCUGCUGGCCUGGUCUGGGCGCUGGGGAUGAAGUUUGCUCUGGAGGAAAUCAACAACGCCACCGCCCUGCUGCCAGGCAUCCAGCUUGGGUACGACAUCCACGACGACUGCAUGGAGCCCGCCAUCGCGCUGCAGCCCAGCCUGCUCCUCCUCUCCAAGGAAGGCACCCACCGGAUCGGGGUCCUCUGCAACUACACGGACUACCAGCCCCGCGUGGUCGCCGUCAUAGGACCCCACAACUCCGAGCUCUGCGCGGUGACGGCUAGGCUGUUCAGCUUCUUCCUGAUCCCACAGAUCAGCUACGGAGCCACGACAGAGGCGCUGAACGACAAGGAGAGGUAUCCCUCCUUCUUCCGCACCGUGCCCAGUGACAAGCGUGGCCUGGAAGCCAUGAUCGCGCUCCUGCUGGCUUUCCGCUGGAACUGGAUCGCCAUCGUGGGAAGCGACGACGACUACGGGCGGGAAGGCCUCAGCCUGCUGUCCUCCGCGAUGGCCAAGGAGGGCAUCUGCGUGGCUUACGAGGGGCUGAUCCCGGCGGACAUGGCCAGCCCCCACCUGCAGAAGAAGCUGCAGCAAGCGGUCAGGUCCAUCAACGACACGAAGGUCAACGUCGUCAUCCUGUUCUCCCACGACCGGCCGGUCCGGGCCCUCUUCAAAGUGUGCUUGGCUCUGGGGCUGCGCAAGAAGGUGUGGCUGGCCACAGAAGCCUGGGUGAUGUCCGAAGUGGUCAUCAGCCUGGAGAACAUCCGGUCCGUCGGCACGGUCCUCGGGUUCGUCAUCAAGGGAGGGAAGGUCCCGGGCUUCCAGGACUACGUCCACCGUCUCCUGGAGCAGAGCCAGCGGGACGACUUCUGCCAGGCUUCCGAGGAGGAGGCCCGCCGCGUGGGUGCCAACGUCCUGGGGAGGCCGUGCAAGCUGUGCAACCACAUCACCCAGCAGGACCUCAGCAUGGUGCUGGCGCACCGGCAGACCUUUGCCGUGUACAGCGCCGUGUACAGCGUGGCGCACGCGCUCCACGAGGCUUUGCACUGCCGCCUUGGGUGGUGUCAGAAGAGGAGCAUCAAGCCAUGGCAGCUGCUGGAGAAGCUGAAGACCAUCAGCAUCAACGUCAGCAACCAGUCAUUCCACUUUGACCAGUCCCACAGCAUCAACCCGGGAUAUGACAUCAUUGUGUGGCGCUGGAAGGGCCACCGGGUCAAUCAUUUCACUGUCGGGAACUUCAGCCACAAGCUGAGCAUUGAUCCAUCCUUGAUCCAGUUCCACACCAAAGAUCACAAACCGCCCCGCUCAGACUGCCUUACAUCCUGUCAGCCCGGGCAGCUCCGUCGGAUGAAAGGGUUCCACCUCUGCUGCUAUGACUGCAUCGGCUGCGAGUCCGGCACCUUCAGCAGUUCCGCAGAUGACUCCACCUGUUCCCCUUGCCCCGAGAGCCAGUGGUCCCCCAGGAACAGCACUCGGUGUUACAACCGUGGCGAGAAGUACUUCUUCUGGCUGGAACCUCUCGCCAUCUUCUUGCUCCUCCUCUCGCUUUCGGCUUCGGUGCUCUCCUGCCUGGCAGCAGCGCUCUUCCUGAAGAACCGCCGGACGCCGGCGGUGCAGGCCGCCGGCGGAGACAUGUGUCUCCUGGCGUUGCUCGGCCUGGCCCUCCUCUGCGUCAGCAGCGGGCUCCACGUCGGGAAGCCAAGCCCGGCCAUCUGCCAGGCGCGGCAGGCGGCCUUCGCCCUGGGGCUCAACCCCUGCUUCUCCACCCUCACGGCCAAGGCGCUGCAGAUCAUGCUGGCCCACGACUUCCCCGAGAGCCGCCCCACCUGCCUCCACGCCCUGAUCCAGAGGCGGCCCUGGGCCAUCGUGGCCUCCAGCUUCCUGACGGAGGCCCUCCUCUGCUUCGGGUACCUCUACGCCGCCCCACCUGUCCUGGUGAAGAACCACCAGCUCCUGGCCACCCAGGUGCUCAUCCACUGCCACAUACAGUCCUGGGCUGGCUUUGCCGUCGUGCACAGCCACAACAGCCUCCUGGCGCUCACCGCCUUCCUCUGCACGUUCAUGGUGGGGACGCCACCCAAGAAGUACAACAUCGCCCGGGGCAUCACCUUCACCGCGAUCGCCUACUUCCUCACCUUGGUCAUCUUCAUACCCACCUACGCCACCGUCAAGGAGGUGCACCGGCCCGCCGUCCACAUGGGCGCCGUCCUAGCAUGCGUCUUCGGGCAGCUCGCAACCUAUUACCUGCCCAAGAGCUACAUCCUCCACUUUAAGCCGGAAUGGAACACUCCCGACUAUUUUCAAGACCAAGGAAAGGUGCGGAGCAAAGACUCCCAAGAUUAACUCCACGGGGAGCUCCGACAGGGAAACAGGGACCGGGCCGCGGAUGGGGAACUUGAGUGGAUCAUCAGUCUAACAGCAUUUUAAUCGGGGUGUGUGCUUUAAAGUGUUUGUUUUAAGUCCCGUGUAGAUACAGAUCCGUCACUGUAAACAGCAUAGAGACAGGCAAGGAUGGGCGCCAGGCAGAGUAGGAACGACUUGGCAAGGGGGUGGCCAAUGCGACCCGCUUACGGCAGACAACCAUGCUGUGCUGGCCUCCUCUGUUUGAAGGGAGGGAGUCAAGCCUAGCCUAAAUCAGUUGAGCCUGGGCACCACUGGCAUUAGUCCGGCCUUAAAUCCCAUACACGUUCUGUGGAUCCAACCCCAGGAGCCAUGCAAAGGGAGAAAACAGGCCGGGAAUUUACUCCUUCAUCUUCGCACCUGGAAAUCAAACUGAGCGAGCCACUCAGAUCACCCGGACGGUCCGGCCCACUGCGAAGAAAUGCCUUGCAGGAAGUUUCGUACAUUUAAUCAUUUCCAAAAGUGCAUCAACGCAUAUCCAUUUACAUAUGCAAACCUGAUGCAGAUCUACACGCUCUCAUCCCCCUUGAUUGUGAUUUAGAGGUUUCCCAGUGUAUCAUCCAUUGUGUUCACCACCUUUGUCCCAGUCUGAGGUUGCAACCAGGUCUGUUUACUGCUUAGAGGGAGGCGCCAGGGCUGCCUUAACAGCAUGACGGGCCCCGGGCAAAGCAGUGUCCUGGGGCCCCUCCGACAGCUACAACGACUGUUAAUUUUGGAAGUUUUCCCAUUUUCCAAGGGUUAACAUACACAGAUUAGUAUGGGGCCCACAGGCAAGUGCCCAUCAGGCCCAGGCGUAAAGACGGCCCGGGGAGACGCAAAGGUGUAAUACAAAAGGUUAAUUUUUCAGACAUUCAAAUAUAUUGGUUCCGUCCCCGCUUUUUUGCCAAGGACAUGAACAGAACUGGAAGUACUGGCCCAUCAUGCAAAUAGUUCCCCCUUCUGGGUUCAACCUGAAAUGAAUAUGCAAAAAGUCAGCAAAUGAUAUACCCUCUAGGACAUUUUAGGAAGGAAAAGUCUGUUAAAGCAUUGAAGACCAGCUAAGAGAGAGAGAGAUUAUACUGAAAUGAAAUUAAAGCACUUUAGAAGUUAAUGCCGGCUACACAAACAUAGAAGAAACAACAUUUCUCUCUGAUGGUAGGCUCACUUAUUAUAAAACAAAGAUGCUCCAAUUACAACGUACUUUCCAGUGAUCAAAUACUGAUGCAAUUCAGAGCACCCCAGACACACCAUCGCCUCACAAAAACAAGCACAAUUCUUUUGUAAAUACUUGAUUUAAGUUGCAAUGUUAAUUUAGUUUUUAGAGAAAAUACCCAUUUUUCAAAGCUACAUAUAUAUUGAGUUUCCUUCUGCUUUUCAAACAACUUCAUAGCAACUCUCUUUCAUGGUACUCUAAUGCAAGGAGCCAACUGAAAUUAACAUGAUAAUGUGUUGAGCAAAGGCUGCCUGGAAUUAUUGUCGCUUUUCACAACCAGAGGGUACUGUCUGUAGCGGAAGGGAAAGCUUGCUGCAUAUGAAAGGUAAUUGACCAGAAAUGAGAACUCAACUUCCAAAGAAACACACACACACACCCCAGGGGGCAAGCAGAAAAGGGGAAAAUGGCAACCUUUUCCUUGCUAAAAAUUCGGGACAGGAAGACUAUGUCAACUGUGCUACAAACAAACACACCACCUCAUUAUGCCUCUCAUAAAGUAUCGC